CCAAAAUAUUAUGUAUACAUAUAAAUAUAUGCUGUCAUUCCAUCAAAUUAAACAAUUUGCAAAAAUUCCACAAAAAACAUUUUCUUUUAUAAACACACACACACGCACACACUUUAAAUAAAAAUAUGAAUUUUGUGGAUUUCCAGACGCGCACUGCCGCCAAUUGCCAUUACUCGUGUGUAACAAGUUAUUUACUACUAUACAAAUACACUGUAUAUUUGAGUAUGUAGAAAUUUUGGAAACCGCUACACGUUUGUUUAUAUUUUCUUCAUAAAAUACUUUUAUUUUUGCAUUUUUCUUGUCCAAAAAAGAAAAAAGAAUUGAAAAUGUACACUAGUUUUAAAUACCUCUUUUAACAAAUUUAUUCAACCGAAUUUCGCGUGUGUUGCCGCCGAUCGACACGGCAUUUCUGAAACGAGGCGGCCCAAACAUUUCGGAGCUGCCACAGUCGCUACUGAGUUGAAGAAACAUAUGACUGCCACCGCAGCCGCCAAGAAGCCCGAAGCAAAGGGCAAAUCUGCCAAGAAGUUACCCGCUGUCCCCGAGUCGAAGCUGAAGUUCAGCAAGAAACAAGUCAGCAAACGUGCUAUCUUGAUCAAGCGUAAAUUGAAACGUACUGCCGUCAUUGCGCUACGCAAACGUGAGAACUUGGUUCGUGCCGAGAAAUACCAAGCCGAAUAUCUGCGUACUGACCGUCGUGAGAUUAAGUUGCGCCGUUUGGCCAAGAAACGCGGACAAUUCUACGUGCCUGCUGAGUCCAAAUUGGCUUUUGUUAUCCGUAUUCGCGGUAUCAACAAAGUUGCCCCUAAAGUGCGUAAAGUUUUGCAGUUGUUCCGUCUGCGCCAAAUUAACAAUGGUGUUUUCAUUAAAUUGAACAAAGCCACCAUUAAUAUGUUGCGCAUUGCUGAACCCUACAUUACAUGGGGAUACCCAAAUCUGAAAUCAGUCCGCGAAUUGGUCUACAAACGAGGUUUCGUUAAGCACAGCCGUCAACGUGUUCCCAUCACCGACAACUUCGUGAUUGAACGUAAAUUGCGUAAAGCACAUGACAUUCAGUGCGUUGAGGAUUUGGUACAUGAAAUCUUCACCGUUGGACCCCACUUCAAGAAAGCCUCGAACUUCUUAUGGCCAUUCAAACUGAAUACUCCAACCGGUGGAUGGCGCAAGAAGGCGAAUCACUACGUUGAAGGUGGUGAUUUCGGUAACCGCGAAGACAAAAUCAACAAAUUGUUGCGCAAAAUGGUUUAAGAAAUUUUAAAUUAUUGCCUAACCCGUUGACUUCACGAAAUUUUAUUGGUGUAAAUGGGGGAGUAUUUUUAUUCCGAAAAAAAUAUAUAUAAUAAUAAAAAUAGAAAAAAAUAAAUGUUUUUUUAUAUAAAUAAAA